GUCUGUCAAGUCAAGUCAGUUACCUAGCUUCAACCAUCAGAGAAUCAUUUCGAUUAGUCUUGAUCGGUUCGCGAGAAAAUAAACUGGUGUUCUUGACUUGACAUUAUCUCAUUGUGGGAGAAAAGAAAAAACAAAAAAAAGAAACAAAAUAUUAAUAAAUGCUGCAUUGCAAGAUGAUAAGCAAAUCUUCCCUUAGCAUAGGAGCUGUCAUACUUGUCAGUAUCAUAUCAGCGACUAGUGCACAAAUUUACUAUCCGCCCGAUAAACCCUCAGAGAACGUUGUUAACUAUGGACGAUGUCUGACGCCCAAUUCAGAGCGUGCUUUAUGCAUACACUUGGAACAAUGUACAUACCUGUACAACAAGCUCCUGACAAAACCACUAUUAGAUGCUGAUAAAAUGUUCUUGCAACGUAGUCAAUGUGGUUCCAAUAAUGGAAAAGUUUUGAUCUGUUGUCCCGAACGACAAAUCGGAGCUCAAAUGCCAGCAGAACCAGACUCUACAGACACACGAAUUCGAGCAAGCCUCCCUGAACCUGGUACUUGUGGUAACGUAAUUUCAAAUCGAAUCUACGGUGGUAACGUAACGAAAAUCGAUGAAUAUCCAUGGAUGGCACUGAUUGAGUACAAAAAAGGUGAAAAUGGAAACGGACAUCAUUGCGGUGGUAGUUUGAUCAAUGACCGUUACGUUUUGACAGCCGCUCAUUGCAUAAGUGCCAUACCUGAAACAUGGACGCCGUACCAAGUUCGUCUAGGUGAAUGGGAUACCCAGACAGACGUCGAUUGCGAGGUAGAUGUUCGUGGCUACAAAGAUUGUGCUGAUCCUCAUGUUGAUGUUACGAUCGAGAAAGUGAUUCCUCACGAAAAAUACGUGUCUUCAUCAAAAAGUCAACCUUACGAUAUUGCCUUAAUACGAUUAUCACGUAGCAUACCAUACACCGAAUUCAUUCAGCCUAUUUGCCUGCCCCUUAAGGAUAUCCUCAAGCGUUCUACUUUCGAAGGUAGCGUUAUGGAUGUUUCUGGUUGGGGUAAAACUGAACAAGGGACAUCAAGUAACCUCAAACUGAAAGCUGAAGUUCCAAUUGUGCCUUUGAAUGACUGUCAACGGGUUUAUAGCCAACGUAGCGUUGAUUUACAAAGCUCACAAAUGUGCGCUGGCGGCCAACAAGGUAUCGACUCGUGUCGUGGAGAUUCGGGUGGACCACUUAUUGGAUUGGAUUCCUCGAACAAAAUGAGAGUUUACUAUUUCUUAGCUGGAGUUGUGUCAUUUGGACCAACUCCAUGCGGUUUGCAAGGUUGGCCAGGCGUUUAUACAAAAGUCAGUGAUUAUGUUGAUUGGAUUCAGCAAAAUAUCGAACCUUAAGUUUGUUUUGGAAUCUCAACGAUAAAUGUUUUUGAGAAAAAAAUAUAAAAUAAAAUUUUUGGAUAUACCAAUA